GCCUAAAAAAUUAAAUAUCAACUGCCGUGUUGUGAUGCAAACUUGCUGCGAGUUGUUUACGCCGCUUUUAUUUGAUUUUAUUUGCUAGCCGCGACAUGGCGACCAACUAAAAUGAGUGUCUGCACUGCUACAAAGGAUCAAAUAAGGAAGGAGACAACCGGUAGCUGACAACCCUGUUCCCUCACUCAACCGAAACAAAAAAGGAGAGCCACUCGAAAUUUCACUCGAUUUUUGGCGAUUCGGCUGGCAAUUAACUGUAAAUAACGAAGGAAUAGCGCAAAACUGUAAAUCGCAACUGCAGCGAUGAGUAAAACCGAUCCGGUGCGCCAAGUGCUCGCCAAUUUGAUUCUCGAGACGGAGGCGCCCUAUACCCCGGACGGCAUCCUUCGAGAGUUCCUGGCCAUCCACGAUAAGCGCCUGUCCGUCAACGAGCUGCUCAAGCUGCUGAUAACCAUCAGCGUGAAGAGGCCCAACUUCGAGGAGGUGACCGCCGAGAUAAGGCUGAUUCUGAAGAGGAAGGACCCUAUGUACGCACUGCUCGUCUUCGCCGAACGAUACAGUGAAGACGGUCUAAGCCUCCGUUCCAGUCCGCAGAGCAACGAUAUGACGUCAGUGACUAAUUCGCCACUUCGGGGCAAGGCCUUGCCGGAUGUGCAUGCCUCCAUGGCCUCCGUGGCCUCCGUUUCCACUGCCUGCACCUCCCGAGGAAAUCUGGCCGAUACAGAGUCUCAGGGCAUUCCCACUUCGACUCCGGUGAACAGCAGAAGGUCCGGCGACCCCGAGACCAGCUCCAGCGGCGGAGUCUUCGCCAGGCGGCGCACCUUGCAGCCGCAACGGCACCAGGGGUCAAGCAAGGAGGAGCGCGACGAUUUGAGUUUGAUCAAGGAGCGAGUGCUGAAUGCCGUGUCCAGCCCAUCGAUGAGCACCUACCGCUCGCUAACCAGUGAAGCAGCCAGCGGCAAAACGGCCAGCACUCUCAACACAGCGGCGAUUCCUGUAGUAACGCCAACAGGCGUCCCCGACGAGUACCGCACUAAUUUGUUGUGGGACUACUACAAGGUGGACGCGAACCAGCUCCCCAAGCCAGAGCUCGCAGCCAUGCCGUUAGUCAGCCAACAGCAGGUGAUUCUCGAUGAGCUGCUGCACUGCCUCACGGGCGUGCGCGAGAACUUUGUGGUGCCCAUUGCGCCCGAUCCGAAUCGCGUGGGCCUGGCCAGGUACGAGACGGUUUUCACCGUACACGCGCAUCUGGACCGCUCGCUGGCGGAGCUGGUGCAGGAAGUCUUGCCACUGGCCUCGCACUUCAUGGGCAUCCAGAAGAUCGUCACAGCCACCGACGGCCAGGGUCAGGUCAUCGAUUCGCUGAAUGAGGCGCUGCAGGAGCUUACCUACGACUUCUACUUGUUGAUGGUCCAGGCCGAACAGGAGCUGCGCCAUCAGCAGCUAACCAUACAGAAGCUGCUCUACUACAUGCAGCCGACGCUCUGGGUAAUGGAGGAGAUCUGGACGACGUUGGUGGACAUUCAGCUAAACGGGCACCGGGGUGCCGCAGUGCUGACACUCCUGCACGAGCGGAUCAAGCGGCUGGAAGGCGACCGGUCAGCCCAGAAACUGAUCAUUGGGUUGAUGCGCAAGGCGGCCGAGCCGUAUAUGCAAAUGCUAAAGCUCUGGAUCCAGAAGGGCGUAAUCGUGGACCGCAACCAGGAGUUCCUCGUGGAGGACAACGAGGUGAUCCACCGCGAUGAGCUGCCCGAACACUAUUCGGAUGACUACUGGGAGAAGCGCUACACCGUUCGACGCGACCAGAUACCAGCGUUCCUGGAAAAGUACUCGGACAAGAUCCUUCGCACCGGCAAGUACCUCAAUGUGAUCCGGCAGUGCGGCAAGCGGGUGAUGCCCACACAGCAGAUGCACCUUGAGUUCGACCCGACCAGCGAGCGCCACGUAACCGUGAUCAAUGACGCCUACUAUUUCGCCGCGCGAAUGCUGCUCGACGUGCUGCUGACGGAGAACGACCUGAUGGGCCACCUGCAGUCGGUGAAGCGCUACCUUCUGCUCAACCAGGGCGACUUUUCCAUGCAGUUCAUGGACGCCUGCGAGGACGAGCUGUCCAAGAACGUCGAUCAGGUGCUGCCCAUGACGCUGGAGAACCUGCUGGGGCUCACCCUACGCCUCUCUUCCGCCCGCAACGAUCCCUACAAGGACGAUCUGCACUGCGAGCUGCUGCCCUACGACCUGGUCACGCAGAUGUCCAAGAUCAUGAACCAGAAGGAGGAGUACUGGCAGGCACAGCAACGUCUCGACCUCAGCGGCCUGGAGUGCUUCGCCUUCAACUACGAGGUUAAGUGGCCCGUCUCGCUGGUGCUCAACCACAUCGCCAUCUCCAAGUACCAGAUGCUCUUUCGCCAGCUCUUCUACUGCAAGCACGUGGAGCGUCAGCUUUGCAAGAUUUGGAAGGAAAACGCUAUUGCCAAAAAGUUCUCGCCGCAAGCGGCUGAACUUUAUCGGUCGGCUUUCACGCUGCGCCAGCGCAUGAUGAACGCCAUCCAGAACCUGGAGUACUACAUGAUGAUCGAGAUUAUCGAGCCCAACUGGCACAUCUUCAUCGAGAAGAUGAAGAACGUGGAGAAUGUGGACAACGUGCUGCGCUUGCACCAGGACUUCCUCGACUCGUGCCUCAAGAACUGCAUGCUGACGGAGUCCUCGCACCUUAACCGCGGCAUUUUCAAGCUCUGCAAGAUCUGUCUCAAGUUCUGCGAGUUUAUCCAGCGCUCGCAGCGUUUCUUCCUGGACGCCGAGCUCAAGUCGAUGGUAUGUGAUAGCACCUACGACAGCGCGGACAGCUCCGAUUCCGAACCGGAGAGCUCGCACCGGCCCCAGUUGGAAAGCUCUUUGGAUCCGGCGGAUACGUUUUCCGAGCGGGUGAGGCGUUUUGAUCUGGAGUUCACCGGCCUGCUUAUAUCGUUCCUUAAGCAAAUCACACAUAUGGCAAGAAAGAACACCGCCGAUCGAUUCAUGAAUCUCGUGCACCGCAUUAACUUCAAUGCUUUCUACUCCGAUCAAAUGGAUAAGCUUUGUGUGAAGGAUGCCAUGGGCUAAGCCAAGUCUUCAAACAAAACGUGGAUGUGGAAAGCAGAAAAGACAAAAAAAAAGUAUUAGAUAAAUGAAUAUAACAAUCAUAAAUUACACAUUUACCUAGAAUGUUUAGCCAUCAUUCCCGCAUGUCUUCUAAUUUGCCAUCCAACUAAGCACUUAAAUUGUUUUUCGUUUAGUUGUAAAAAAAAAAAAAAAAUUCGAAUAUUUAUAUUUAAAUAAACCCAAUCGAAAUUGGA